AGUCUUGAAGCGGCCCGCCACCUGCAACUAUUUCCCGGCUUGGGAUCGCGAUCUCUAUUCUACGACUGCGCGGCCGCUCCUCUCCGGCGGGUCCCAUUUCCACCGUCCAUUCACCGACCGACCGACGCAGUGGUCCGAAGAAAGCUUCUACCUUCUCCGAUCCUACUAAUCUUGGAUUUCUUGGGCUAGGGUUUUUUUAAUCUUUUGUUGCUGUCGAUGGCCUCGGCUUUCGAUCGGUGGGAGAAGGACCCUUUCUUCUAUGCUGCCGAGGAGGUCCAGGAAUCGGCUGACAGGAUGGAAUCAGCUUAUCGGCGAUGGAUGCACGAGAAGGAGGGAGCCGAAGUGCGGAGGGAGCUUCAUAUAGCCCUAGGCACCGCGAAAUGGCAGCUGGAGGAGUUGGAAAGGACGGUGAGACACGAUGAUGAGGCAGUCUCAGCUUGCGAAGACACAGUUACUCGGCAUAACGAUUUUGUUGAGGCGAUUUCGGAUAGGAUUGGAAUGGUGGAGAAGACUCUGAAGGAAUCAAAUGUAAAGGAGGAGAAAGAGAGCGGCUUGAUGCGGUUAGGUCUAGAUAAAGGGGAAAGGGACGAGCUUGCCCUUUUCUUGUCAAGUCCAUCUUCUGAAGGGAAGGAGGUGUCACUGACCCUAUUAGAUGUUGAAGAAGCAGGGAGCCGGAUGGAUGUAGAAACUUCUUUUAGUUUGAAGAAUCCUCCAUACCAAUUGAACGAUUUGUCAUUGGGGGAGAAAGAUCACUGCAGGAUUGCUGAAGUAGGUGUAUUGAUUGAUUCUGUUUCGACCGAGGGAUCUUCUUUGAGAUUAUCAGGCGAGCAAUCUAAUUCCCCCCCUCCAAGGUUAUCAAGUGUCCUUGAGCUGAGAGCUGCAGAAUCAUCUUCUAAGCCUAAAAAGUGGUAUAGAAAUGGUUUCAGAAAGUGGAAAUAUCCGAGUCAAGAAGAUAUGGAAGAAUCCUUACCAUUACGGAAUCAUCAUUUGAGUCGGGGCAUGAAUGCAUGCUAUGAAAAGAGCAAGAAGUGUCUUUGCGAUUGUACAGAUGAGUCUUACCAUAAGCAUCACCAGGAUUGGUUUGGAACUUUUCAAAGGCAACUUCAGAGGUCCCAAUACCAAAUCCAAUAUGGUCGACCUGUUCAAAUGAUGAUUUGGAUCGCUGUUACUGUCCUACUACUUUUUCUUUUUGUAUUGCAUGCAAGUUAAAGGAAUUAAAGUCUGUACUCAGCCUUUUACUAGUUGAUUCUUGGGACUUGACUUUUACAUUUAGCAGUACACGAGGUUUCAGAAAACCAGCAAAUUAAAAGGUUCUGCCCAGCCAAAAAUGCUGCUUCUGCUUCAUUUCUCAUCUUUGUCAGUAAUUAAAAAAAAAAAAAUUCCUCACUGUCUUCUCAUUCAUUAAGGAAGUUAUUGUUUGAAUAUGGCAUUGAUGCAAAUGUAAAUAAUAUAUAUAAUAUCUGUUAAGAACCUAUGAACUUGUGUAUUUUUUUUUUUUCAGGGCAAUUUUUCUCAUUUGACAGUUGUUCUUAUGCAAGGCGGUUCGACCAAAUAUAAUGUUUUAUAUGGCGCACAAUGUAGAGACC